AACAUUUGUGAAAGACUGUGCAAUAAGUCCAUCCGUGACAUUUCCUGGCUAUUAAAUUUUCCAAGGUUAACUGUUAGUGGUAUUAUAAAAAAGUUGAAGACACUGAGAACAACAACAACUCAGCCACAAAGUGGUAGGCCACGUAAAAUGAUAGAGCGGGGUCAGCGCAUGCUGAAGCGCACAGUGCGCAGAAGUUGCCAACUGUCUGUAGAGUCAAUAGCUAAAGACCUCCAAACUUGUUGUGUCCUUCAGAUUAGCACAACAACAGUGUGUAGAGAGCUUCCAGCAGGUCGCCACUGGACUCUAGAGCAG